GUUUCGUUCAAAUCUGUGUGGACUAUGAAUUAAGUCAGUAGUGAUAAGCAGUUUGCAAAUGAGUCGUGAGUCCCAUCUCUCACACAAUGACUUAAAUUAGUGUAUAAUGUGUGGCAUUUGUCGCUACUUUUGGCACUUUUCCUUCACCUUAUAAUUCAGUCACUUCUCGUUCGUUGGCAUUUGAGCGAUGGUUACGAAUAUAGUGCCGGCGCUUCUCCCAGCCUUAGUCCCUUUGGCCACUCUAUUAUGGAUCCGCGCCGCCGACCACUCCGUCACCAUUUCCCGCAACAACUGGGACCAGGAGUACGACUAUAUCAUUGUUGGCGGUGGGUCUGCCGGUGCUGUAAUGGCUAACCGAUUAUCGGAGGAUUCGUCAUUAAAAGUGUUACUUUUAGAGGCCGGAGGUUCAGAAAAUCUAUUCAGUGAUAUACCCAUAGCGGCGGCAACCCUUCAAAUGACACCAAUAGACUGGUCCUAUCAAACUGAACCUCAAGAAGCCUCCUGUUUUGGACUCAUUAACCGCACUUAUAACUCUUUUCUAUUCAGUGAUAUACCCAUAGCGGCGGCAACCCUUCAAAUGACACCAAUAGACUGGUCCUAUCAAACUGAACCUCAAGAAGCCUCCUGUUUUGGACUCAUUAACCGCCGGAGUCGUUGGCCUAGGGGUCGAGUGCUCGGGGGGUCAUCUGUGCUUAACUACAUGUUGUAUAUAAGAGGCAAUAGUCGUGAUUAUGAUGGUUGGGCUCAGAACGGAGCCUAUGGCUGGUCUUGGGAUGAAGUUCUGCCGUAUUUCAUAAAAUCAGAGGACAAUCGCGACCCAAGUAUUGCCUACAAUGAGAUCAUGUGA